UUGUAUAUACAAGUUGCUGUUUCACAGAAAUGGUAAGAAACUUAUGCAGUUGGUAAGUAUUGCUAGUAGGUCAUAAAGAAAACCUAUAUGAACAUCUUUACUGUGAGCGAGAAAAAUACAUUAUAGUAUGAAAAUUUAUUUGCAGAUAACACCUCACAAAAUUAAUAGAAAACAACCAUUUGUUACCCUUUCUUUAUUAGGUAAAUAUUAGAAUUAGGUGCUAACAAAACCAAUAUAAACAUUAUUGUAAAAGAGGGGGAAAAUUACAAUGGAUCUACUUUGAUUCCCUUUACUUUCUUGUGAUUCUUGCUUGUCCAAUCCCAUUUCAUCGACUACUUGUUGCAAUGCAUGAAGGCUUGAAUUGUCAUUUAAAUGUCAUAACUAAUUCAUGAUGAGGACUUUAAGAUCCCUCUUAUUAAAGAAAAUGUGGAAAAGUUAUACCAUAGAAACGUUUUUACAAUUUACAUUCAUAUAGAAGGCGAUAAAAAGGCUUAGCUUACCUGGUAAACGUAACUACUAGUUUAGGGUGAAAGGUUUGUAAAUUUCCUUAUCGGAGGGAGGAAAAUGGUAAUAUGAUAAUUUUUUUACAAUAAGAACUUGUUUUAAAAGUAAUUUUUUUACAAUAAGAACUUGUUUUAAAAGUCCAAUAAAUUUAAAUCAUUUGAUUUCUUAUUUUCUUGGUUUUCUCACUCACCUAACCCCCUUCACCGACCACCUGUUGCAAUGCAUGAAGGCUUGAAUUGCCAGGUUGACAUAGGAUUGAUGCUUGAUGAGCCCUUUAGUUCCUUAUUUUCUUGGGACUCUCACCCGCCUAAUCCCAUUUUACCGACUUGUUGUAAUUCAUGAAGGCUUAGCUUUGCAAUGUAAACGUUACUACUAGUUUAUAUAGAAACUUCUGUAAAUUUCCUUAUUUGAGAGAGGGAAAUGGUAAUAUGGUAAUCUUUUUACAACAAAAACUUGUUUGUAAAGUCUAAUAAAGUUAAACCGUUUGAUUCUAAUAAAGUUAAACCAUUUGAUUCCUUACUUUAUUGGUUUUCUCGCUCACCUAACCCCGUUUUACCGACCACUUGUUGCGAUGCAUGAAGGCUCAGAUUGCCAGGUUGACAUAGGGGUUGAUGCUUGAUGUGCUUUAUGAGUAUUCGGUUACUCUUUCUUAUUCAUUCGAGAAACAUUUUCUAAUCUCUCUAUUUCUUUGUGAGUUCCUUCUUGUGUUAUCUCUUAUUUUUCACCUUUUUCUUCCUUUUGGUGUUAGCAAAAGUGUUAUAUGGUUCUUAAAAGAUCAAGUUGCAUUUCUUCCUAGCAUUGAUAGCUUUCAUCUGGAAUUCUUUCCGAGCGGGUAGUAGUGACUUCUCUUGAAAGAAAAGCAGUAUAGAAGAUUAAAAUGGAUAAAGCUAUUGAUAUGCCUAUUCAGAGGAGAAAGUGUAAGCAUAUACGGAGGACAAAGAGUAAGCAUACUCGGAGGUCAAAGGGUAAUUGGAAUGAAGUACAAUUUACGAUAGACAUUGUUACCAAUAUUCUCUCAAGGAUUCCUGUUCAGGGUCUCUUACUUUUCAAGACUGUCUCUAAACUUUGGAAUGGACUGAUAAGCAGUUCAAACUUCAAGAAAUUGCAGCUGACCUGGUCCAGAGAUAAUCCCAUGUAUAUACUUUAUCCUUAUACUGAUGCAAAACCAAAGAUGUACGUGCUAGAUGAAUAUGGGGACGUGGAUGAGAUGAUCACUCUUCCAGGCUGUGAAAAUGUUUCUGAUCUAAGUAUGAUUUGUUCUUAUGAUGGUUUAGUAUGUUUCAUCAACUAUCUCCCAGUCUCCAACAAGAGUGAAAAGAAUCUGACAGAGUUAGAAAUCCGUAUGUGCAAUCCUGCUACUCGUGAAGUUCUAUUACUUCCAAAAAGUAGCCCAUCUGUGAAGCAACUAGCUGUCGGAGUUGCCUUUGGCCCUGAAACUGGCUGUUAUAAAGUGUUUCGGUUUUUCCUUUCUAAAUCUGAAUCUGAACCUGAAUCAGAUUCUGAAGCUGAAGCUGAAUCUCCAAAUAUCUGCAUUGAAUCUGAAUGUGAUAUAUAUUCGUCUGCCACCGGAACAUGGAGAGGUAUAGGUCGUGUUCCACAUCGCCCCAUGGGUUCUAAUCAUGUAUAUGUUGAUGGAAAAGUCUACUGGUUUGUUGCUUCCAAAAAUAAUCGCGAUGUUGCUGGGUCAAUUCUAUCAGUUGAUAUGGAGGAAAAUUUUAGCACAAUGAGUCUUCCAGAUUUUGUCACUGAACAUUCUUUCUUGGUCGAUUUUGAUGGUUGCUUAUCUCUAGUAGUUGUUUAUGAUGAGGAUUUAAUCAUAAACAUAUGGGAUUUAACGGACAGCAAUGAGUCUGAGUGGGAUUUGAAAUGUAGUGAUGCUAUUCCCUACACAGGUAUUGAAUGCACCGACUCUUUAACCGUCAUAAGGGGUGAAGUUUUUCUCAUUACCACAAACUACUUUUUCAUAUUUUAUCCUAAAGAAAAUAUUUGGAGGAAACUUGCCCUUGGGGAUGAGCUUGAAGUGGAAUUUCCAGUUGUGUUUAAAUAUUCACAAAGCUUCCUCCCAUGUAACGGAGCUUCAUUUUCUGAUGGAGAGGAAGACAAGACAACUGAAGCCUGAUUCUCAUUUUUCCUACUGGAUGGCAUGACCUUUUAUUUUCCCCAUGAUCACAGUUCUGUGUCAAACCUCUUUAAGUCUUUCUAUGUGAUUUUCCUGCUUUGUGUUAUGUUUUAAUUUCUGUUGUUUAUGUUACUUUCCAGAACCUAUGAAUUGGUUUUUGUUUUGUUAUGGUUCUUAUGACACUCCAGAAUAGGUGUUUUUUUCCAUAUCUUCUUGC